GGCGGCAUUGCCACCACUGACAGCAACUCAUUUUGUCAACCGCUCUUCAUCUAAGAUACCUCAUACUUCAACCUACAUACAACUUGCAGUGAACUCUGGCCUCCCCAAGCAGCAAACGACGUAAAACCCACUUGUCAGUAUUUUCCAUAUAACUUUGAAACUUUUGACGAGUUCCGAUUUUGACUGUCGCCACAGGACCGCUUUGCAGUCCAGCUUAUCAAUCAACUUCACCUCACUUGGCCUCACCCCGUCGCCGGUCCCGGACCCAGACCACCUUAACACAACUCAACCAUCUCAUUUACACGCCUCCAGCUUUCACCAUAACCGAUAGGAUCUGACCGCACAUUACUCGCAAUCCCGUCCUCUCAUUCAAAUCAACACUCUUCUCACAGGAACCCAGCGCGCAACUCCAAAGAUGGCCCCCUCCCUGGAGGCGGACCCCGACUCAGCGGUCCAAGACGUCCUUGCCAACCCCCUCAAACAGAAACCUUCCCUCGUCGCCCCAGAACCAGAACACUGCCCGGGUCCAGAAUCCGCCGCCGCCGGCACGGCAGACUCCUGCGCCGGCUGCCCCAACAAGGAAAUCUGCGCCGCCACCGCCGUCAAAGGCCCGGACCCGGACAUACCCAUCAUCGCCUCCCGCCUCUCCGGCAUCGCCCACAAGAUCCUCGUCCUCUCGGGCAAGGGCGGCGUCGGCAAGUCCACCUUCACCACCCUCCUCGCCCACGCCUUCGCCACGAACCCGGACAGCGCCGUCGGCGUCAUGGACACGGACAUAUGCGGGCCCUCCAUCCCCAAGAUGCUCGGCGUCGAGGCCGAGACGAUCCACGUCUCGGGCGCGGGCUGGUCGCCCGUCUGGGUCCUCGAUAAUUUGGGCGUCAUGUCCAUCCAGUUCAUGCUGCCCGACCGCGACGCGGCCAUCAUCUGGCGCGGCGCCAAGAAGAACGGCCUCAUCAAGCAGUUCCUCAAGGACGUGGAAUGGGGCCCCCUCGACUUCCUCCUCGUCGAUACGCCCCCGGGAACCUCGGACGAGCACCUCAGCGUGAACACGUUUCUCCGCGACAGCGGCAUCGACGGCGCCGUCGUCGUCACCACCCCGCAGGAGGUCUCCCUCCUCGACGUCCGCAAGGAGAUUGACUUCUGCCGCAAGGCGGGCAUCCGCGUCCUCGGCCUCGCGGAGAACAUGGCGGGCUUCGUGUGCCCCAAGUGCACGAACCAGAGCGAGAUCUUCCGCGCAACGACGGGCGGCGGGCGGGCGCUGGCUGAAGAGAUGGGGGUGCCGUUUUUGGGGAGCGUGCCGCUGGACCCGCGGAUCGGGAUGGCGUGCGACUAUGGCGAGAGCUUCUUUGAUAGUUUCCCCGACAGCCCUGCAUGUUUGGCGUUCAAGGAGGUGGUGAGGAAUGUGAGCAAGGAGAUGGGGCUGAAUGAGAAGGAUGUGUUGCCGGAGGAUUAAAUGGAGAAGAUAUUGCUCUCCUGAUCAUGAUUUAGACGCUACUCAACGAAAGGAAUAACAAGAGAUAUCCAUCAACAUUUUACGUAGAAGC